UUCUUUUGCCGCUAAAGUAGUGAAGUGCAGAAAGAGAUACAGAGAAAGAGAGAGAGAGAGAGGACAAAUUUACAAUAGAAGGUUUCUUGUUCCCGGGAAAUGGAGAUAUCUCCGGCGGAAGACAAACUCGUCGGCUCCGGCGACGACGAAGCUGUUCCUACAGAAGUAUCCGUCAUAAAAAACGAAGCUUUAGACAUUUGUCGGAUUUGCCAAUCAUCAGAGGAACCAGAUAAUCCGUUGAGACAUCCGUGCGCGUGUCGAGGCUCUCUCAAGUUUGUCCACUCAGAUUGUCUUUUUCUCUGGCUCAAUCGCCGUAAACGCAACCACUGCGAGAUUUGUAAGCGACGCUACUCAACUGUUCCGAUUUAUUCCGAGAACGCUCCAGAGAAACUAUCAUGCCACGAAUUCUUAAUGGGAUUGCUACUGAGAGCAUUACGUUUCAUGACUUGGAUUCUUCCUUGGGUCUAGAUGAUUCCUUUCAACGCAUAUUGCUUUUCUUUUCUCCCUUUGGACAGGGAAACUGAGUUUGUGAACCAGACUGUUUUAGAACUGUCUUUGAAAU